CAGGAAGUGAUCUCUGUUUCAGUCUCACAAAUUGUUCUGGUCAUCCAGCAGAGCAAAGCACGUCCUGUUCUGUAAGAAGCAACACAAAAAAACAAGUAACAUCAAGAUGUUUUGGAGAAUUCUCUUCGUGACAGUUGUGCUGUCUGUUUUGGGCUCUUCUAUGGGUGUAGACCUGAACUGUACAAGCCUGACAAGUUGUGAAAAUUGCACAAGAGAAGUUCAAUGUGUGUGGAUGACAUGCUCAGAUAAAAAUGCUACCUGUUAUAACGCUACAAUGUCUGAUAGCAACUGCACCAACUCUUCUUGUGCAAUUGAAACAACCACUGUAUCUCCGAGCACCACUAUGACCACCAACGCCACUGCAACGCCCACCAGUGCCACUGCAACGACCAAUGCCACCAACUCAACAACCCCCGAGACCACUGCCACCAAUUCUACAUCUGCACCAGUCACCUCUUCCACUGCGAGUACCACCACGUCAAAUGCCACUACAACAGCGCUGCCUCCGACCCCUUCGAAGAAAUCUACGUUCGACGCCGCCAGUUUCAUCGGCGGGAUCGUCCUCGUGCUCGGCCUGCAAGCUGUCGUCUUCUUCCUCUACAAGUUUUGCAAGUCCAAGGACCGCAAUUACCACACUCUGUAAAGAAAAGAAAAGAAAGAACCAAACAAAAAGAACAGAAAAGAAAAAAGCCUUUAGAAGCACCACAUUGCACAUCAUGUACACACACACACAUACACACACACACACACACACACACACCGUGAAGCAGUGGCAUUGUCACUUUUCCCAUUCCCUUGUCUAUAUUAGUUUCCUUAUUCACAGCUUCUGUCCAUUUUUAACACUUCUCCUUUAUCAGCCUUCUCCUUUAAAAAUAAUCGCUCCACCGCUCACAGUUCCAUUUUGUUCUCGUUUUCAAUGCCACUGCUUUACAAGGUGGGGGUUAAACAUUACAGGUCCCCACUUCCUUACAACGUAGCGUAAUCUGAGCUGCUUAGACACACACGGGUUGUCAUGAAGCCACACUGAUUGGUUGGUUGGUUGGGUUGUUUGUUUUAUCCACACUUUGUUCAUGACAAAUCAUGAGAAAGGGGGGGUGGGGCAAAUACUUCGUGGUGGGGCAAAUACGAUCCUAGUUCUUACCCCGAAGCCUUAGACAUGUGUCAAAAUGUUUCGAAUGCUUUCAGUUGUUUUUUUGUUUUUUGUUUUUUUUUUUGCUUGAAGCUUUGCUUUAAAAUAAUCACAUUUAGUGAAGUUUUUUUUGUUGCUUUUGUUGUUGUUAGACUUUUCAUCAUUUUCAGCCAAGCCACAUGGCAUGAUCUGUCUGUUCGCAAUAAUAAAUCCUCAGUCCGUUAAACAACCAGGAUUAGUGAUCUUAAAGCCACUAGCCAAAAUCCAGUGCUAAAUUCGGUAAUAAUGAAGUGUAUUGUAAACCUGAAAGUGUUUUGUUUUCUUCGUUGUUUGUUUUUUUCAAGAGGGUUUGAGACAGUGGAUGGUGUGAGUUGCUUUUUGCCUCCUUCUUCUUUUGAGCCUUAAAUGUGUAAAAGUUUAGACUCUGGUUUGCCACUUCCUGCUGGAGCGGGGUCUGUGUGCGUGUGUGUGUGUGCGCACGCUCUCUAUAUUAUCAGUGAGGUUGAUUGAGGCUGCCAGCUGGACUGUUUGCUAUAUUAUUAAGAAUAUAUUAAUUAAGGGUUAAUUAGCAUUAGCUCAAGUCUGCGUCAGGGUUUCAUGACUCUGGCUUUCGAGCCUCUCUGCCUUACGCUUUUCUGCUACGCUUUUCCAGGCCUUUCACCUGGAAGGGAGCAAACUUCGAUGUUUGAGAGGUCAGAGUUAAACUGAAGAAUCAAAAGGAUGGUUCUGUUGUGAAAAUCCUACGGUACUUUAGAAAAAAAAAUCAUUAAAUGCUUUUCUUUCAUGCUCUUUUUUGCUGAUUUUGCCAAAUGUAUCUGUGAUUUCAGGUCAGAGGUCAGAAAUCAUUCACAUCCUGUUUUUGUCCAGUCUCUGAGAAGUACUUAAGGAAGCCAUUUUUUUUCAUCACCUAGUAACAAGAUAUGAGAUUAUUAUGGAGAUUCUUGUUCUUUUUCGAUCUGCCAAAAUACAUGUGAGCAUGUUGCUGUGUGUUGAGUUUGAUGCACUGUUUAUGGAGAAGAGGAAGUAUCUUAUGAUCCCGCGGCUGAUCAGGUGGUGCCGUCUGUUGUGAUAAACAACUUGUCAUUCUGUCAGGUUGGGUUCUUAAAAAAAGCUGGUUGUGUGCCAUCAUUUGUUGUUGUUUUUUUUUAUUACUAUUUUUCUUUGACUUUCGAUUAGAGCCUUAAUCGUUGCUGUCGGUUUGACGUCGUGCUCUGGAAGGCGUGUUUAUUUUUUUUCCUUGCACAGGGAUUAGACACGCUAAACGCUAAUACAAAAUUCAGCGCUCACCGGUUUGCUCUGAGUAUAUUUUACUUUUAGUUUUUAUGUAGCGAGGCUUGCUGGGAAGAACAACUGAAGGCAAGUUGUGUCAUGGUUAUCCAGCAUUGAAGUUUUUUUUUCUUUUUUUCUUUAACAUAAUAGAUGCUACUCAAUUUUCAGAUCAAGAGCUACCCCCUUCUUUCUUUCUCGCUCAUCUCGUAUCCUCGCAGUCAUACUCGGAGCUCCACAGUGUUGGGAUUAGACCCACGCUGAAACAUGAGCACUGUUAUCUCCAUGGAAACAGCCUUGACAAAACGAACCCACUUUUAUUUUUUGUUGUUUUCCUCCUGAACUCUAAUCACUUCUUUCUCGUCGCACCUCUUGUAAACGAAGUGCCUUACUGAUGUAGAUAGUUUCAAAAUGAAGUCUUUAAAACUCGUUCAUUCUAAGUCUGGGAUGAAAACGAACUUUGAAUGUUAAUUCUGUGGAGAAAAAACGGAGAGCCGAGCAGAACUCUGUCGCCCUCGCGCUCUUUCUCUCUUGCUGAUUUGCAUUAAAUCCCAGCGCUCGUUUCCUUCUCUCCACUUUUCCAGGUUGUGUUCAGAACGAGUGUGUGUUCACAACACAGACGACCUUUGGUCCUCGUGUAGUCGUGAGAGAGCAAAACACACGCCUGCACCUCCACACGCUGUUGCUUUACGUUGCCAAGAGGUCUGCCUUAAAAUGUUUUCAGCUUUGUAUUAUUAUAAUUUGUUUUUCUUUUUGCAGUGCCAAUUAGGUUUGAAGAUGCUCAAUAAGUUUGAAGAUGUUAAAAGAAAUCAAUAAUUAAUUAAAAACUGCGGAAUGUAAAACGACAAA